AUGUUCCUGCGGUCGGGCAGCGACGCCAAAGCCGACGAGCUGGUAGACCUAGUUGCUCGCGUUAGCCAAGUAGUGGCCCGCGCGGAGACACAAGAUGAUAUCAAAACUAUAACAGAGGCCACAGCUGUGGACCAACUCCUACUACAAUGGCGACAAGAGCUACCACCUCGAUGGGCCUAUCGCAUAGCUCAACGACCACCAGCUCGAAACCGAAACCAAGCCGAUGCGGAAGCUCUCUUCUUCGACGAAACCUAUCAUAUCUAUCCGGACGCCUGGGCGUGUAAUAUUUGGAAUUUCUAUCGAGUAGGCCGGAUCCUGCUUAAUCGAUUGAUUUACCUUCGCGUCCAGAAGCAUCCUUAUCCGACUUCACACUCGACAAACGAAGCGCUCAGCAAUUUAGCGAUGGAAAUUGCGCAAAGUGUUCCCUACGCAUUGGGACAGGUUGGGUCUGGAAGAGAGGCAGAAGUCAACUUAGCCUCCUCAGUUGACUAUCUUGGAGGCUACAUCGUGAUGUGGCCUUUGUACCUGGCGACAGAUGUAACCCCCCCGGGAUCGGCAUUACGUGAAUGGGCCAUCGAACGCCUGGAAGUGAUCGGUCAUUGCAUGGGAAUUGGGAAAGCCCAGUUUAUGGCGCGAGUUUUGAGAAACGCACGACGAUUUGAAGCCACAUUGUCAAGCGGGGAAACCACUUGA